GCGCAAUAAUGUCUGAUUGCGUCAUUUGUAUACGCUAAGGUGUGGACAAUGAGACCAAUAUGGAUUGGAAAAUACCGGACGUCCUAUCACCUAACUCCAUUUGGGAUAUCAUAUUCAUGUUCAUCACAUUGAUAGGUUGUGUGAAUCAUGUUAAAAGAAAAAUACAUUUGUAUUUUUGCAAGGAAGGAAAUCUUCACACAUUCAGUGCAGUUAUUAAAGAUGGCGAAUUCCAGUCAAAUCACAAACUGAUCGGCAUUAUAAGUAAACCUUGCGAAGAUGAAAGAAACACAAAGAUGUUGAUUUCCAGUUAUGAGCGUACACCAGUGAGACCGAAUACAGUAAUCACAGGUUAUAGAUCAAAUCUUAGAACAACCAACUUCUAUGAAGACAAAAUUAAUGACCAACUCAAUGUAACAAAACCUCCACGUAAUACAGAAGAUUGUGGAACACAAACGAGAAAAUGUUUGGAUGUUCUGUCUACUGAGCUAUUAAGUCCAGUAGACAAUAACAUUACUGUUUACCCUGUUCGACAACAUGAACACACCAAUGGCACAUCGACUGACAGAGAAAUCUGCUGACAUUAUCGAUGGUAUUGAUGAUGACGGAAAUGACGAAGCGGGAUGAGGAUUUUCGGGGAACUGAUAGUGCCAGUACCGACAACGUUUCUUACGCCGUCAAUACGUCAGAUGUAGAAAAUCAGCAACUAACGGAAGGGUCAGAUUCGAGACAGGAAAACCUAAACCAAGAUGAAGUUAACCUUCCAGAGCAAAGAUCUGCACAUUGCACAUCAGAAUCCGUUGGUAUUGUUACCGGAACUCAGUCUCGGCACCCAGAAUUUGAGAUGUUCGCUGCUAGGUUACAGACAUAUCUCGGAUGUCCACAAAGCCUCCAAGGGAAAGCGCACGACUUGGCAACUGCUGGUUUUUUCUAUACAGGAGUCAAAGACCAUACAAUUUGUUUCUUCUGUGGAAGAGUUUUAAAAGAUUGGGAGACCGAAGAUGAACCAUGGAUUGAACAUGCCCGAUGGUUCCCAGACUGUAGCUUCGUCAUCAAAAACCAGCAACAGAAACUUGCUGAUUACGAUCUGGAUUCCCUAAGGCAAAGGCAGCACUCGCAACAGCAGAGUAGCCCCAAUAAACUACAGCAGCCAAACCGCCCUGUGCAACCGACUGACAACUGUGUGUCCAAAUCAAACUGUUCUUCAAGCGACCAUAUACACCAACCUAUGCAUCCCCAAUUUGCUAACCUUGCUUUGAGGCGCAACACAUUUCAAGAGGCGGUAUUCCUAAACGAUCAGCAGAUGGCCGAAGCUGGGUUCUUCUACAAAGAACCUGGACUUUUGAUUUGCUUCCACUGCGGAGGACACCUGUUUACCUGGAAACCAGGAGUCAACCUUUGGAACGAGCAUGCACGGUUGUUUCCUAAUUGUACAUAUCUAAAUGCUCAUCGUGAUCAAAACUUUAUCAUGGAUGUUAUAAAAAGAUUUGAAGAAACGGAAACUUUGGAGACGGUCCCAUCUACGUAUUCUCAGACUCCUCAACGAAGCUCUAAGUUGACACAUCGUCGUAACAACCUGGAAACCAGCAACCCACAGUCCCCAACGGCAUCUGGGCAUACCGAUGACAAGGGCAAUCGGUUUGACACAUCAAGCAAAAUGGACCAAGAUAAAAGGGCGAAAGAAGCGCUUUUGAAACACAUGAAUACUCAACAAAACCCAACACCCUCCCCGAGACAGGAUCAGAAUUUGCCGAUACCUUUUGGGACGCAGACGCAAGAAAAUCUGCAAGUUAGGCUGAGCCAAAGUGUCUUGGUGGAGAACGCACAAGAGCAGAUGUUGAGACCAGCCGUCAUAUCAAAUAGGAACACUUCACAAAUUGCACAGAAUAGGACGGUGUAUUCGUCCCGGGUAACCAGACACACACACACAGGACAAGUCAUCGAACGCUACCCAUGGAACUUAAUUUGUAAGCUAUGCCAGGAACACCUUGCAGAUGUAACCUUCUUCCCCUGCGGACACACCGUCUGCUGCAGACGCUGUAGUAGAAAUGCAAGUGUCUGCUGUGAGUGCCAUCGUGCCAUUGAAAGAACUGAAAACGUUUAAACUACGAUUCUGAUGGGAUCAUUGAUGUUGGACAAUAUCUCCACAGACGGCUUGGGAUAUAACCAAAUGUUGUUUAAAUACUGAUUCAGCCAACCUUUAGUGUAUGUAUUUUGUAAAUAGAGGAUAUCUAACAGUGUUUUCAGUAAUACCAAAUAUAUUUCACUCGUGCGGCUAAUAUUUUGAUAUUUUUCACG